AUGUCCCAAACCCCUGCCCCCUCCCAAGCUCCCCCUGCCUCCCAAUCCAAGGCCCAAACUCGAAGUCAGUCUCGUGGCAUGGCCGGAACUCCCGGUGUCAAUGCGGUGACAACCCCCAAGACCCAGACGCGUGGUCACAGCAAGACCAUCACUGCCGUCAAGGCACCUGCACCUGAACCAGCUUCUCUUCCGGCCUCGAGUUCGGCAGUCCCGGCUGCAGCACGUGGCCCGGCAGUCCCUGCUGCAGCACUUGACAUGCCCAUGCCGGAUCUCCAUUCCAUGGCCAUUGCGAUUCGUCAAGGUGCAGCUCAAAUCGCUCUUCUGGAGGAUCAUGUGGCAGAGCAGGAUGGUAAGAUUGAUACCCUGCAAUGCCUUCAUGAAGGCCUUAGGCGCGAAAUCAUGCUCCGGCACCCCUCAUUCCCACUGCCCGAUCCUCCUGCCAAUGCAUCAUCCUUGUUGCUUGAUCAAUCCGGCCCCCCCACCAUGUCACCCGCUGAAUCUGCACUCCCACCUCUCAUUGAUCUCACAAUGGAAGGCAUUGCUCCCACAACCGCAACCACAACAGUCCCGGAUGCCUCUGCCAUUGAUGGCCUCCUGUUUGAUUACAACCAAGUGGCUCAUCCAGAGGAUCCAGAUGCAUCUGGCGAAAUUGUGGACCCAGGUGAUCUGAGCAACCUUGUCCCAGAAUAUAACUCCUCCGAUGACAUGGAUGUUGAGGUUGAGGUGAAGGUUGAAGAGGCUUCUGAGGAGGUUGACAUGGCUACAUAA